GAAAUCCCAGACAAUAUUUCAAAGAUAUCCGAAUAUUGAAGAAAAAUAAGAAUCCAACAACUUACACUGUGGCCUAAGUUUUUGUAUGAAACUGUUAUAUCAGAAAUUGAUGGUCAGAUGAUCAGAAUAUGAUGGUCAGAUGAUCAGAAUAUGAAAGGAUGCUCUCACAAUAAUAAAUGUGGUUAACAAGAAGUGCUUGAGCUGCAGAUUCAAGAACAGCACAUGCCUUCUCCAGGUAAGUAUAUCUCAGCAUAAUCUCCUUGAAUAAAUCUAGCUUAUCCCAUUUGUGCUGGGGUGGAGGGCAUCAGAGGGUGGAGAACAGAAGCAAGCAGACCAUCUCUUGCCACAGCUGCUGCCAAGAUGCUGGUUUCUCCCAUGGCAGAGAGGAACAAAAAACCUAUCUUGGAGGUUCUGGCUGACUAUGUAGAUGAAACAAAUUCAGCUUUUGGGCUGGAACUAGGAUCUGGGACAGGACAACAUGUAGUGCACUUUGCCAAGGCCCUUCCCAGCGUAACCUGGCAACCUUCAGAAAUCAAUCCAGCUUCUCAACAAAGCAUCCGUGCUUACAUCCAUGCCACUAAAGUGACCAAUGUCCGAGAACCUCUGUCCAUAGAUGUGUCGCAGCCAUGGAGCCAGUGGGCUGGCCUGGGGAAGGGUUGUUGUGAUUUAAUUGUCAUCAUCAAUCUACUACACAUGACUGACCAAGGUCUGGAGGAAAUGUUUAAAGGUGUAGGACAACUGCUGAAACCUGGAGGCAUUUGCCUGGCCUACGGCCCCUUUGCCAUGAAUGGGAUCAUCCUGCCCGAAAGCAAUGUGCAGCUAGACAAAAUGCUUCAGGCCAGGAACCCUGAGUGGGGGCUGAGAGAUGUAGAGGAGCUUCGUCAACUGGCCAACACCAAUGCAUUAUGGCUUGAACAGAUGCAUGAGAUGCCGGAAUACACUAAAUGCCUGAUUUUUCGUCGGAGGCAGCUAUCCGAAUGGUAGCUAUUGGAUAGCAGCAGCAGAAGAAAAUAUGAUAGCAAUAUUUUUAAAGGUGUAAAAUUAAACACUGAAAUAAAAA